AUGGCGGGCUCCUUGCCGCCAGGCUUUGCAGAAGCGGCCAAAACGCCGCAAAACUCUCGGGCUUUUCCAGGAAAACUUUGCUCGGUCGCCUGCGGUCAUGACCGGGCGAGCCCCGGCUCUUCAUUGCCAUGCUCCCAGCGCCCUGCUUUCACGGGAUCGCCUGAGGGAGAUGGUCACCUUUACUUGGUAGAUACGUUAGCAGGAGAUCCAGAGGUUCUGCAAGUAGAUGCUGAAAUGUACUAUGAAAAACUCUUGAAGAAAUCACCAUCUACUGCUGAUGUUUUCUCGAUCCCUGGAGGAGAAGAGGUUAAACUUGAAGAUUCCUGUGUCUGUUUUGUCCCUCUCUACCGAAAUAAUCCUACUUGCAAAGUGUUGCUGUUAACUGAUCCAAAGGAUAAAGAGACAGUUUUGGCAGUUUAUUUGAACCAGCGUUGGUGGCCUGUUGAAGAUGUAGUAAAGACUGCUGACCCUUCUAGAGAUGGGCUAAUUUCGGUCCAGACAUUUGGAGAAAGGAUUGUCCUCUUUGUUCUGAACUACAUUAUUUUUGGAAUGCUGGAAGGGAGUUCAGCUAAUGAUGCAUUCUUUCUACCUCACUCUGCCACCGAGUGUGCCAAGAUACUCUGGAGAAAUGGCGAGGCUGUUGCCUUUUACUCGGUCAAGAUGAAAGGGAGCCUAUGUGAUGGUUCAACCAGUCAAUGUUACUUGCUGCCAGUUUUGGAUACUAUAUUUGUCCGGAGAAAGUACAGAAGAGGUGGCCUAGGGAUGAAAAUGCUGCAGGAUUUCUGUCAGUCUUUCAUGGCUGAGGAUGCCUUGGGGAUCAGCUGCCCUAUUUCUGCUGCCAUGUAUCAAGUUUGCCAGAAAUUCUUGCAGACUUAUCCUGAGGAGCAGAAGCGACUGUGGGAGGUGGAAGUACCAGGAGAUUGGAGCCAGCGAGUGAAUAUCUGGUUAAAAAUUCAGAUGGAGUCAUCCUCUUCAGGAAGGUGUUGGGAUACAUUCCUGGUGUUGGGAGAGUGGCAGGAGCUACCACAGAGAAAAAAAGAUGACACAGCAGCAGCAGGGGCUCUAAACUCGGGUCCUGAAGAAGAGGACUUAGAACAAGGUGCAGGCAAUACUCAGCAAUGCCAAGGAUUCAGGAAAACUGCAGGCCCUCAGGGCUUAGUUGGAAACAAGGCCAUCAAACAAUUCAGAAUUAUACUAUAA